AUGUCGAGAGAAGAGCCCUUCACCUCGCGCGAGAAUGGGAAGAACCGAGGCUUACGUCGCGCCGCUGGCCUAGGACACCACAAAAACCUCUCUCUACCCGGCGCGCACAGCCUCUAUUCACUCCCCAAAGAGCGCACGGCGCCCAAAACUUCCGACAGUAUGCAGAAACCGGAGGGUAAGUCGCGCGACGCUGGUUCUAUCGGCCGAUUGCUUCGAGUUGACGAUGAUCUCGCAGAUCAACCAGGAAAGUGGGCUGAGGCUCCUGUCUUCAUCCCUCAGCGCAAUCGACCGGAGUUCAUGGAACCUUCACCGUCGCCAGCCCCCUCUAUCGCCGAACAGAUCGACGCGAUGGAAGCGAAUUGCCGCCAAAUCUGCAACAUGCUGCGCGCCUCUUACGAGAACAACGGCGCAGAGACCCCAGCACCAGCAUCAGACGGCGCGAGCGUUUGGUCGGAAGGCGCGUCGUCGGCCGUGUCCGUGGCUGCAGCUCCACCGCCGGCAACUCUAUUCGAGUGGCAACAAACCCAGCAGCUGCUUGAGGCUAUGGCUCAUGGAGACGCUCCCGAAGCUGUCCAUGCCUGCCGCAAGAACUUGAUUCGGACCUGGAUUGAGAUGGGAGUCCUGGAGGCGAAGAAGUGA